GGCGGUGGAGAGCGGGUUUCUCCUCUCAGCGGAGGAGAGUGGACCUCUCCUGCACCUGUCCCCUCAGCGGCGCUGCCAAAGAAGCCAGAAACCAGAAGUUGGAAACCAGAACUCGGCUUCACAAUGAGGCUUGGAGCGCAGGUGGAGCCGCUCCAUCUGUGCUCGCCACACAAGGAUUUCCCCUCGUAUUUGGCGAGAGGGCGAGCAGCUUUUUCAAACCCUGAU